GAGAAAAAAAAAUGAAGAGAGGGUUUAGGUGAGCACUUGCUUGCAGUAUGCUUAUUUUAAUUUCCUUACACGCUGAGAUCAGGCAAAUAAAGCGUGGAAGCUACUCAAAUUCCACAAUUUAACUAAGUGACAAGCAUGUAUGAACUAACAGUGAAAGCCCAUGCACCCAUCAUAUAUAAGAGAGAGAGAGAGAGAGAGAGAGUAUGCGUGUGAGAGAGAGAGAGAGAGAGAGAGAGUUGGAAGUGGUAGAGAUGGAGUGGUGGGUGGUGUGGUGGUGGACGGCGGCGGUCAUGGUGGUGGCAGCCGCAAGCAGAGCAGCUCCGGCGAGAGGAGGGGAAGUGACUUAUGAUGGAAGAUCUCUCAUCAUUGAUGGCCAAAGAAAGCUCCUCUUCUCUGGUUCUAUUCACUAUCCCCGCAGUACUCCUGAGAUGUGGCCAUCAUUAAUAGCAAAAGGCAAGGAAGGAGGACUGGACGUGAUUCAAACGUAUGUAUUUUGGAAUCUCCAUGAACCUCAACCUGGCCAGUAUGAUUUUAGCGGAAGGAAUGACUUGGUAAAGUUCAUAAAGGAAAUACAAGCGCAGGGGCUGUACGCUUGCCUUAGAAUUGGACCUUACAUUGAGGGUGAAUGGAACUAUGGGGGACUGCCAUUUUGGCUACAUGAUGUUCCUGGCAUUGUUUAUCGAUCAGACAAUGAACCCUUCAAGUUCUAUAUGCAAAACUUCACCACGAAAAUAGUGAACCUGAUGAAAUCAGAGGGCUUAUAUGCAUCGCAAGGGGGACCGAUAAUACUAUCACAGAUUGAGAAUGAGUACCAGAAUGUGGAAGCAGCAUUUCACGAGAAAGGACCUUCUUACGUUCAGUGGGCAGCCAAGAUGGCCGUUGAUCUCCAAACAGGUGUACCAUGGAUCAUGUGCAAGCAAACUGAUGCUCCCGAUCCCGUGAUUAACACAUGCAAUGGCAUGAGAUGUGGAGAAACCUUCGGAGGACCCAACUCCCCAAAUAAGCCUUCUAUGUGGACAGAGAAUUGGACUUCUUUUUAUCAAGUGUUCGGAGGAGAGCCAUACAUAAGGUCUGCAGAAGACAUAGCAUUUCAUGUGGCCCUAUUCGUCGCCAAAAAGGGAAUUUAUAUUAAUUAUUAUAUGUACCAUGGAGGAACAAAUUUUGGAAGGACCAGCUCCGCAUAUGUCAUAACAGGUUAUUAUGACCAGGCACCACUAGAUGAAUAUGGAUUAUAUAGAGAACCCAAAUGGAGCCAUCUUAAGGAGUUGCAUGCUGCAAUAAAGCUUUGCUCAACACCUUUACUACAAGGAGAGCAAAAGAAUUUCUCUUUAGGGAAUCUUCAACAGGCAUAUGUUUUUCAAGGAAGUGGAUGUGCUGCUUUUCUUGUGAACAAUGAUGGAAACAAUACUGCCACUGUCCAAUUUCAAAACAGAUCGUUUGAAUUGCUCCCAAAGUCAAUUAGUAUCAUACCAGAUUGUGAAACUGUGACUUUUAACAGUGCAAAGAGUACAAGGUCCAAUGAGAGGAUUACAACAUCAACGAAGACGUUAGACUCAGUAGAUGGAUGGGAUGAAUACAGAGAUGUCAUCCUCAAUUUCUUGGAUACUUCAUUAGAAUCAAAUACGUUACUAGAGCACAUGAACACAACCAAAGAUAAAUCUGAUUAUCUCUGGUACACGUUCAGGUUUCAACAAAAUUCAUCAUGCAUUAAACCUGUGCUUCAUAUUGAGUCAAGUGGACAUGUUGUGCAUGCUUUUACCAAUAACAUAUAUGCAGGAGCUGCACACGGGAAUCAUGAUGUCAAGACAUUUACUUUUGAGAAUCCCAUACAGUUAAGCGAUGGAAUGAACAAUAUCUCCUUACUCAGCGUAAUGGUUGGAUUACUGGAUUCAGGAGCAUAUCUGGAGAGAAGGUUUGCUGGCUUAACCAUGGUAGAAAUUCAAUGUAAUGGAAUAGUGUCCUACAAUUUUACAAACUAUACAUGGGGAUAUCAGGUUGGACUAAUGGGGGAGAAGUUACAAAUAUAUAUGGAACAAAAUCUGGAUAAAGUUAAGUGGAGUAAAGCUAACUUCUCUGCACAAGAACCACUCACUUGGCAUAAGAUUGAAUUUGAUGCACCUUUGGGAAAUGACCCAGUCACUCUGAACCUUAGCACAAUGGGAAAAGGUGAAGUUUGGGUCAAUGGACAAAGUAUUGGUCGGUAUUGGGUCUCAUUUCAUACUUCAAAAGGAAAUCCUUCACAAACAUUGUAUCAUGUGCCUCGAGCUUUCCUCAAAACUUCAAGAAACCUAUUAGUUUUGUUUGAAGAAAUUGGUGGGGACCCUCUACAUAUUUCCGUAGACACUGUUUCAGUCACAAAUUUGCAAGACCACAUUCCUCACAAUCAUUUUUUACAAUAAAUCUUUGAAGGGAGCAUGUCACACAAAAAUUUAUUCACACACACACAUUUAUAUGCAUACAUGUAAUAUGUUAUACACAUGAAUGUGCAGUAAAUUAAUAAUUUUAAGCUUAAGAGUUGCUCAUUGGAAAGCUUUGUACCAUAAACGAAGUGUGUAAUUCUUUUACUUCACAUGAAAUAAAUUAAUUUCUUUAA